ACUAGUCUAAUGCAGAAGCAUUUAUCACAGACUGGACUCUUUAUCCCUACACAAGUCCUGGAAUUCACCAGUGACCACGGCUUGCUGUUUUUCCUAUCUGCUGAAUAAGGAUCUGGGACUCAGAGUGGAGUUUUUGUGCAGCGUUAAAAAAAAUGAUUUCUCUUAGCAAGAAAGGCUCCUGUUCGUCUCAGCUCUGUCUUGCUCUCUGUGCCUUUGGGCUAGCACUGCUUGGGGAUUUAUCCCAGGCUUUGCCUGUGGAGGAUCAGGAUUAUUACCUGCAGGAGAUUAUAAACAGGGAUCAUUAUUAUUCCUAUCCAGGUCCCGAUGAGGAAUUUUCCCUUUUCACAGAGCAACCUGGACAGGAAGAAACAGCCCCCAUUGCAGAGGCAGAGGAGCCCCCAAGGUUCAGACCGGGCAAGAAAGAGUUAAAACAGAAGAAAGGCAACAAAAAAGAAAAAUCCAUUCUCGAGAUUCCACCAGUUAAAAAUGGCAACAAGAAAGGUGAGAAAAACAAGAAAGGGAAUGAGAAGAUGCCAGAUGGUGACUAUGAAAGUCGAAGGGUCUAUGAAGACGUCAGAGAAAGUUGCCCACCGCUUGGUCUAGAGACUUUAAAAAUUACUGAUUUCCAGCUCCAUGCUUCUACAGUAAAGCGAUAUGGUCUUGGGGCCCACAGAGGAAGGCUUAAUAUUCAGGCAGGUGUUAAUGAAAAUGAUUUUUAUGAUGGUGCUUGGUGUGCAGGACGAAAUGACCCAUACCAGUGGAUUGAAGUAGAUGCUCGAAGGCUAACAAAGUUCACUGGCAUUAUCACACAAGGAAGAAACUCUCUUUGGUUGAGUGACUGGGUGACGUCUUAUAAAGUAAUGGUGAGCAAUGACAGUCACGCAUGGAUCACUGUCAAAAAUGGAUCUGGAAAUAUGAUUUUUGAAGGAAACAGCGAGAAAGAGAUCCCGGUACUCAAUGAACUGCCAGUACCAAUUGUUGCACGUUAUAUCCGUAUAAACCCUCGGUCAUGGUACGAAGAAGGGAGCAUCUGUAUGAGAUUGGAAAUCUUAGGCUGCCCCCUGCCAGACCCAAAUAAUUAUUAUCACAGAAGAAAUGAAAUGACAACCACAGAUGAUCUUGAUUUUAAACACCACAGCUACAAAGAAAUGAGACAGUUGAUGAAAGUUGUGAAUGAAAUGUGUCCAAAUAUCACGAGAAUUUACAACAUUGGAAAAAGCCACCAAGGACUAAAGCUGUAUGCUGUUGAGAUCUCAGACAACCCAGGAGAACACGAAGUUGGUGAACCAGAAUUUCGCUACAUCGCGGGGGCUCAUGGUAACGAGGUGCUUGGACGUGAGCUAAUGCUUUUGUUAAUGCAAUUUAUGUGCCAGGAAUAUCUGGCUGGGAACCCACGCAUUACACGCCUCAUUGAGGACACCAGAAUUCAUCUCCUUCCUUCAAUCAACCCAGAUGGAUAUGAGAUGGCAUAUGAAGUGGGUUCGGAAUUAGGAGGCUGGUCUUUAGGAAGAUGGACUCAGGAUGGCAUUGACAUCAACAAUAAUUUUCCUGAUUUAAAUACCAUGCUUUGGGAAGCUGAAGAUAGGAAGAAGUUUCAGAGAAAAGUCCCAAAUCAUCAUAUUCCAAUUCCAGAAUGGUACCUUUCUGAAAAUGCUACAGUGGCAGUUGAGACUCGAGCAGUGAUAGCAUGGAUGGAAAAAAAUCCAUUUGUACUGGGUGGCAAUUUACAAGGAGGAGAACUGGUUGUUGCAUACCCAUAUGAUAUGGUCAGGUCAACAUGGAAAACUCAGGAGCACACACCUACCCCUGAUGACCAUGUAUUUCGGUGGUUGGCAUAUUCAUAUGCCUCCACUCACCGACUAAUGACAGAUGCCAGAAGGAGAGUAUGCCAUACAGAGGAUUUCCAGAAGGAAGAUGGGACUGUUAAUGGGGCCUCAUGGCAUACAGUUGCUGGAAGUAUAAAUGACUUUAGUUACCUGCACACAAACUGCUUUGAGUUAUCCAUCUAUGUGGGCUGUGACAAAUAUCCUCAUGAGAGCGAGUUACCUGAAGAAUGGGAAAAUAACCGUGAAUCCCUGAUUGUUUUUAUGGAACAGGUUCAUCGGGGCAUCAAAGGCAUGGUAAGGGAUUUAUCUGGAAAGGGAAUUCCAAAUGCCAUUAUUUCAGUAGAGGGUGUUAACCACGACAUUCGCACAGCAAGUGAUGGGGAUUACUGGCGUCUCCUGAACCCAGGAGAAUAUGUGGUCACCGCAAAAGCAGAGGGCUAUACCUCUUCCACCAAGAACUGUGCUGUAGGUUAUGACAUGGGAGCCACUCAGUGUGACUUCACAAUCAGCAAAACCAACCUCGCACGAAUCAAAGAAAUCAUGGAGAAAUUUGGAAAGCAGCCCAUUAGUCUGUCAAUCCGACGGCGCAGGCAGAGGGCUAGGCAGAGGCGCCAGCGAAGAUAGACUACUUUCUCCGUUGUAACACAUGGCGUUUACAAGCUCUGCUUAAAUCAAAACCAGUUAUAGUAGUAAUUUACAUAGCCAAUAUUAAUACGUUUUUGUCUAUUCGAGGAGUUCUAAUUGGUAUAUUUGUACUGAAGAAUCUCUUGAGCUUCCAGAACCUUUUCUCCUCUGAGGUUUUAGGGCUACCGUUUUUUUCCCCUGUACACAAUCCAGCUAAAUGGGCAUUGGGUGGGGGACCGAUGCAGGGUGGUGGAAUGGAAUCCUCCCCUCUCUGUUGUGCCAACAUCACAGUGCCACUGUUUUUCAAGUGUUGCUAUGC